CAUCGUGACGAGGGGGGGGGGGAGGCAGAGUUGCCCGGAACGUCGAGGAAGAAACACCUGAAGAUUUGUGUUAAAGCAAGUCGCUGUGUUAUCUACCUUCUGUCUUGUAGGUAUUGCAGAUCGCCACCAUGAUUAUAGAGAUCCUGCUGUUCGCGGCGGGAGUGAUUCUGCUUCACUAUUGGAUUUCCAGACCUCGGGGAAUGCCACCAGGCCCGAUGGUCAUACCAUACCUUGGCUCCAGGCCUGUCUUCAAUGUCGAGCAUGUGCAGGAGAUGCACAAAACAUAUGGUGAUAUAUUUAAGUCGGAACUAGGGCCGCACAAGUUCAUAUUCCUUUGCAGCAACAAACUUAUCAAGGAAGCGUAUGCAAAGUUUGCUGAUCGUCCUCAGUUAGAAAUGGUGCACUUUCUGACUGAUGGACAAGAAGCGGGUGUUGUGAUGAGCAACGGCAAGCGAUGGCAGAACGCUCGGAGGUUCCUGCUGCGCAACCUUCGUGAUCUCGGGAUGGGAAAGACCUACCUGGAGGAGAGCAUCCUGGAGGAGGCCAGAGCGCUGGUCAAGGACUUCAGUUCCUACGCUGGAACGCCUUGUCACGCGCCGGAGUCGCUCAAUGUUGCCGUCUUGAACAUCAUCUGGCAGAUGGUCGCAAACAAGCGCUACGAUCUCUACGACAAGGAGGUGCUCAAACCCAUCACCAUCUUGAGGUCCGUCGACGCGUCCUCCGCGGCUUUGUUGAUCGAGUUCAUCCCGUGGAUUAGGAAACUGCUGCCGGAAUUCAUGAAGGAAAAAUUACUAACGGGAAUCAUGAGGAGGGUCAAAGACAGCAUAGUGACUUUAUUGAAGGACACGAUAGAUUCUCACAGAGCCACGCUCGACCCUGCCAACCCCCGUGACGUCAUCGAUGAAUAUUUGAUAGCCAUAGACGAAAAGAGCGAAAUUGCUGAGUACUUCAGUGAGCUGGAUCUGAUGAGGAUUAUCUUCGACCUGUUCUCCGCGGGCUUCGACACGACGUCCAACACCCUGCACUGGAUCAUCCUCUACAUGGCCAAGUACCCUGAAGUGCAGCGUCGCGUCCAACAGCAGAUCGACGAGGUUGUCCCGCGCGACACCUUACCCUCAUACCAGCACAAGAGUCGGCUGCCGUUACUCGAAGCGACGGUCCAGGAGGUUCUACGUGUGUCGUCCCUGAUUCACAACGGAGUUCAACGCGCAAAUGAGACCGAUAUUUACCUGGGAGGCUACUUAAUUCCAAAGGGAUCGUGGUUGUUCGGGUGCUCGGGAAUAUGCCACAUGGACUCACGCUACUGGGAAGAACCGCAGGAGUUUCGACCCGAGCGGUUCCUCGACGAAGAAGGGAAACUCAAAACGCCCAAGGAGGGAUUCAUGCCCUUUGGUACAGGACGAAGGGGCUGUCUUGGGGAGGGUCUGUCAAGGAUGGAACUAUACAUCUUCACGGCAGCCCUUCUGCAGAACUUCACUUUCUCUCCUCCAGAGGGCGUCGAGAUCGAUCUAGAAGCCAACCCCAAGCAACCUGCUUCACGUAUGCCAAAAGGACAAAAUAUUGUCAUCAGCACCAGGGAAUGAUAAUCUAGUCUUCUUACACUUUGAGAGCAGAAUUUGAUUUUUCGCUCUUCUGUUUCUCCACUACCUACAUGUUCAUUUUACAUCGUAUAGGGUAUUAUAUAUUGUCAUUACUAGAAUCAGAAAUAGUAUGCUCACUAUUGUCAUCUUGUUGUUUUUACCACUGAGGCUGUUAUUUUUGUCUUUUAAUAUGAUCGUGUUUUGUCGUUAAAAAUAUUCUUUUGUUAAGUCAGUAUUAAGAGCUCGUCAUUAGAAAAUAGAUUGACCAAAAUGU